AAGAAAAAACUAGGAUCAAGAAGUCAAUAAGAUUUGCAGCACGUUUCCGGAUCAAUCAUGGUGAAGAUUCCGGUAAGGUUUAAAAGAGUUGCAGCAGCGUUCGACGUGGUGGUUUUGGCUCGUCCCUGCGAUAGCAGUGGGAGCGAGCACUCGGCUGAGAACUCCGCCGAUCUAUCCGAUCUUAUAAACUCCUUCCUGGAGACAGAUGACAAAAUUGAUGGAGAAGAAGAUGAGCAGAGCAACCGGGAGAAAGAGAAAAGCGGUUUUGACUCGGAGACUUUCUGGUCUGAUUCAGAGACGAGAGAAACGUUACAAAGCUUGCUAGGCUGCGAUUCGUCGGACGAGGUUAAGCGAACGGUUAUUAAGGAAGUGGAACAAGCCAGCCGAAUUAGCGGAACAAGGCCAUCGGAAGGAUUUAAACGUCAGUUGAUGGGUCGAUUGCGGGAGAGAGGUCUCGACGCAGGUCUCUGCAAAUCUCGAUGGGAGAAAAUUGGCCGGUUCCCGGCGGGGGAUUAUGAAUAUAUCGACGUCAUUGUAUCCGGAACUCGUUACAUUGUCGAAGUGGCACUCUCCGGAGAAUUCACCAUUGCUCGACCUACCAAUCGUUACCUCUCCUUGCUCGAGGUCUUUCCUCCCGUGUUCGUCGGAAGACAGGAGGAGCUGAAGCAUGUGAUGAAGAUAAUGAGUACCGCUGCAAAAGAGUCCAUGAAGAGCAACGACAUGUGCAUUCCACCUUGGAGGAGAAGCGGGUACAUGAAGGCUAAGUGGUUCAGUUCUUACAAGCGUACGACGAAUGCAUUUCUGGCAAGGAAGGCAUCCAAAGAGAAAGAGGAAAACAAUAUGACCGGAAGACGGUCGAUAGGUUUUGAGACGUCUCCGGCGAUUAGUUAUAAUUGUAGAGGCGAUUUUGCGAGGAAGACUACUGGGUUGAAAGCAGGCAACUUGGCAGCGAUAUUCAAUGGCAUGGAAUUGUAAAUAAGCUGCUGAUUUGGUGUAACAAUCGAAGUAGGAGCAGUUUCCUUAGAAGAGGUGAUUUGGCGCGUUGGCCCCAGGCUGUAUAUAUCUACGGGCUGACGUGUCCUUGUGAUUUCCUGGUGUUCAUCCGAAAUGGGAUUCGUAUCGGCUGACUGAACAUUUUUCGGGCGGAACGAUGAUGGAAUUUAUUAUAAUCGUAGCUUAGCCUUGUAUCAUGGACCUCUUAAAUUGUCAAAGUAGAACUGCCAUCGUAGUUGUUAUUAAUAAUAGCAUUGUUAUUUAUGCCGCUGGUUGGCUUGGA